CGCGGGGAGGACGCCCCGCAGCUCGCGGAAGAGUUCCCUGGAAUUUCCAGAAGUUGAUUCCAUCAUGGCAGAGGUCAAGGUGGAGACCCGGGCUAGCAUAGACUGGCAGAAACGCUGCCUGGCUCUGGAAACGCAACUUUUCCGGUUCCGCCUACAGGCCAGCAAGAUAAGGGAGCUUCUGGCUGACAAGAUGCAGGAGCUGGAGCAGAGGCUGCUGGAGGCAGAGCGGAGAGCCGAGAAUGCCGAGACCCAGAUGGGUGUGAUGGAAGAGAAGGUAAAACUGUCCAAUCUGAAGAAUGUGGACUCUACCGGUACCCUGCAUCGGAAGUACCAAGAAUUGCUAAAAGCUAUGCAAGGCAAAGACGAGCUCAUCAGCCAGCUGGAGGUGCAGUUGGAGAAGCAGAAGCAAAUGAGGGCUGAGGAAGCAAAAAUUGUUCAAGAAAAAGCUGCAAAGAUCAAGGAGUGGGUGACACUGAAGUUAGAAGAGCUUGAGAUGGAGAAUCAGCAUCUGAAGAGCUGUAAUCAGCACCUGAAGGAGCAGGUGGGAGCCCUUCAGAAUGCCUUAGAAGCUCUUCAGAUGGCUCCUUCAGGGACGCUGCCAGUGGCUCCUCAGGGAACCCCAGGGCAGGAUUCUGUCUCUUCAGGAUCAGGAACCAAGCAGGACAGUGGUCCCCAGGCCCAGUGUUUAAAGGUGGCUGUGCCUGUACCUUCUUCAGGUGUCCUACCGAGCAAGGACCCUGUGUCUGAAGCCAGAAGCCCUGAGGAUUCUAGCUCAAGUGUGGCCCCCACUGGGGAAAAAACAGAGGCCAAGACCCUUCAACCUCACCAAGGAAAAGAAAGCUCUCUCAGCCAGCUGUGCAUGAAGCCUGGCACCCCCAGAUACAGUUCUCUCUCCUGGGGGAAGGGCCUGGUCACUGCUCAGGGAGGGACACCCCCUGGGACCAAGACCUCUGCCAGAGAAGGUAGUGGCCCUGGUAGCAGCCUGACUCUACCGAAAGUACGGGUUCCCAGCACCCCCCGGGACAGCAUCCAGUUGGCCAAAAGGCACCACAGCCAGCCCCAAAUGGGUCCUGGGCAUUUUGACCAUGUAGUGAGCAUAGAAAUUGGGGCUCUGUCAGCCCUCCACCCCUCCGGUCUUUCCAAGUUGGAGGCCCGAGCUGAGCUCCAGGAAGAACCAGAGAAGAUGGAGAUGGGGGAGCCAUCUUCAACAGGAAAGGAGGAAGAAAGAGAGAGCCUGAAGACCUCCAGAGCUGAGCUAGAGGAAGUGACAGUGGGGAGCAAACCACCCACACCUCCCCUGCACCGGUUUCCAUCCUGGGAGAGCCGGAUCUAUGCAGUAGCCACAUCAGGCAUGCAGCUGUCAGAAGUGUCUCCCCGAAGUAACGCUGCCUGCUGUGCUUCCAGCCCUCCUGCCCUUGCAUCCUCUGGGUCUUUCUCUGGCCUUGUUUACAAGAAUGUCACUGUACCUGUCUACACGGCACUGAAGGGGAGAGCCACACAGAUCAGCAGUGUGCCCGUUGUGGAUGAGUCCUCUGGGUCUGACGAUGACUGCAGCUCUCAGGCGAGUUUCUGGAUAUCAACCCCCUGUUCUGAGUGUAGAAAGACCAGUGGACUAGGCAGCCCUCGGGCCAUCAAGAGAGGGGUCUCCAUGUCCUCACUGAGCUCUGAGGGUGACUACGCCAUUCCCCCUGAUGCCUACUCACUGGACAGUGACUACUCCGAGCCUGAGCACAAAGUUCAGCGCACCUCAUCCUACUCCAUCGAUGGACUGGGACUAGGCGGGGAGUCACUGGAAAAGUCAGGCUACCUGCUGAAAAUGGGGAGCCGGGUGAAGACGUGGAAGAGACGCUGGUUUGUCCUGAGACAGGGACAGAUUCUGUACUACAAAUCUCCGAGUGAUGUCAUCCGGAAACCUCAAGGUCAAGUGGAUCUGAAUUCUCAUUGCCAGAUUGUUCGAGGAGAGGGUGCACAGACAUUCCAGCUCAUCUCUGAGAAGAAAACAUACUACCUGACAGCAGAUUCACCCAGCCUGCUGGAAGAGUGGAUCCGGGUCCUACAGAACCUGCUGAAGGUGCAGGCCACUGGACCUCUGCCCCUGCCUCAGGGGAGUACCAAACCCACUGUGAAGGGCUGGCUGACCAAGGUAAAGCAUGGACACUCCAAGUUGGUCUGGUGUGCUCUUGUUGGGAAAACCUUCUACUACUACCGGAGCUACGAAGACAAGAGACCCCUGGGUCGUCUGCCUGUGCAGGAUGCUCACAUAAAGGAAGUAGAUCGAUCCUGUGAUUCAGAUGAGGACUAUGAGGCUGGAGGAACUGGACGAUUGCUCUCUUCCCACUGCACCCUGGUGAUCCACCCACUGGAGCACAGCCCCACUUACCUUCUCAUAGGCACUAAACAUGAAAAGGAUACAUGGCUUUACCAUCUUACUGUGGCUGCAGGAGGUAGCAGUGCCAAGGUGGGCACUGCCUAUGAGCAGCUCAUUGGGAAACUGAUGGAUAGUGAAGGAGACCCAGACUCCCCCCUCUGGAAGCACCCUAUGCUGUGCUACAGCAGAGAUGGGCUGUGCACCUCUCUCACCACCCUGCCCUCCGAGGCCCUGCAGACGGAGGCCCUCAAACUCUUUAAGUCCUGCCAGCUUUUCAUCAACGUGCCUGUAGAGGCCGCCUCAGUGGACUACCACGUGUCCCUGGCCCAGACGGCACUGCAGGUCUGCCUGGUUCACCCUGAACUGCAGAGUGAGAUCUACUGUCAGCUCAUUAAGCAGACCACCUGCCGCCCACCUCAGAAGUAUUCUCGCAUGCAGUGCUGGCAGCUCCUGGCUCUCUGUGCCCCACUCUUCCUACCUCAGCAUCACUUCCUCUGGUAUGUCAAACAGCAGCUCCAACGCCACGCUGAUCCCAGAAAUGAAACUGGCCAAUAUGCCACCUACUGCCAGCGGGCAGUGGAGCGGACCCUGCAGGCAGGGGAGAGGGAGGCCAGGCCAUCACGCAUGGAAGUGGUGUCCAUCUUACUGAGAAACCCUUUCCACCACUCCUUGCCCUUCAGCAUCCCUGUGCACUUUGCCAAUGGGACUUACCAGGUGGUUGGUUUUGAUGGCUCCUCUACAGUUGAUGAGUUCCUCCAGCGACUGAACCAGGAGACAGGCAUGAGGAAGUCAUCCCACUCUGGCUUUGCCCUCUUCACAGAUGAUCCUUCUGGCAGAGAUCUGGAGCAUUGCCUGCAGGGGAGUGUAAAGAUCUGUGAUGCCAUCUCCAAGUGGGAACAAGCCCUGAAGGAGCUGCACCCUGGAAAGUCUGAGGGUGGAACACGCGUCGUGAAGCUGAUGUACAAGAGCAGGCUGUACUUUCGGAAUCAAGUCAAGGGGGAGACAGAACGAGAGCGGCUGCUGCUCGCCUCUCAAACUAGUGGAGAGAUAGUGGCGGGGAGAUUUCCAGUCAACAAGGAACUGGCUCUUGAGAUGGCUGCCCUGAUGGCCCAGGUAGAAUAUGGGGACUUUGAGAAACCUGUCCUGCCAUGCCCUGGGGGCACACCCCCUGCCAAGGCUCAGCAUCUCCUCCAGCAGGUCCUAGACAGGUUCUACCCAAGACGCUACAGACAUGGGGCCCCCCCUGAACAGAUAAGGCACCUGGCAGAUAAUCUGACAACAAAAUGGGCAGCAUUGCAAGGCUGCUCCCCACCUGAGUGCAUCCGCAUCUACCUAACUGUGGCUCGAAAAUGGCCUUUCUUUGGUGCUAAGCUCUUUACUGCUCAGCCUGCCCAGCUGUCUUCCAAGGACGACACUCUGGUGUGGAUUGCUGUGAAUGAGGAUGGCGUCAGCAUCCUGGACCACCACACUAUGCAAGUGCACAUCACUUACCCCUACUCUUCAGUGACAACCUUUGGUGGCUGCAAGGAUGACUUCAUGCUUGUGAUUAGAUCCAUUACAGACCAGAGCUCUGGAGAAGGCCAUAUAGAGAAGUUGACAUUCCAGAUGGCUGCUCCCAAGAUUGCAGAAGCUACCUUCAUCAUGGCCAGCUACAUGAACCAUUGCUCUGCAACCGUGACCCCACCCACCAACCUACCCACAGCCCACCAGCCCUGGGAACUGGAUGGACAGUUCUUCACUUCUGUUUCCUGUACUACUAAAGGGCCAACAUUGCUGUGAAUAUUUCUCCUACCCAUUUCCUACCACCACUGGUGCCUCUGGGAUUAGAUUUAUAUCCUAGGGUUUGAUACUACUGUGAUGAGUCUAACUCACUCCUCCAAUUGUUCUGUGAAAUGUGUAUUUCAGGGUCUAUGGAGCCUUUACUCUCUAGGUGCCUUACAAUGUUUUAGGGCCCAAUGUUUAAAAAUCCAGACCUAGUGUUAAAACCACUUACUGUUUGUUUUCAAAUACUGACUCUGGAUGUUACCUGAUUCUAGACUUAGACAAGGAUAGCCCACUGUUACUGAAGGCAGCAGUGUUGUAUUUGGGGCUUCUGCACUGAUAACUCUCAGGGAAGCUCAUAUUUUUUAUAUUGUAUAUGGUCCUUAUGUGGGGUUAUACUUGAAGUCUUCUGAGUAUCUCUGACAGAAUAGGACUAAAAUUUCUAAUUCACCUGUACUUUGACAAGUGCUUACAACUCACUAAAAACUGCAGUUCCUUUCUCAAGUGGCAAAGGGAUUGGCUGGCCUGGAGGAAAAGGAGUGGACUAACUUUUCCCCUUUACUGGUGAGUAGGCAUUUGUAAUGCCCCUUCUAGGACAGUUGCUCUGAUCUUUGCAGGGCAACACUGCUAAGAUUCAAGCUGUUUCCUUCAUACUGGACAAUAAGCUGAACCUAGUACCUUCACACACCACCCAGGCAAGAGCAGGGAUAAGUACAUCUCCCUGUCUUGUCUCAUUUUAAUGCCCAGAUAAUGAAAGUUGUGCUCAUCACUGAAGGACAAGGUGAUCAAUGUCUCCCUGCUCUCUAAGAUCAAGUAAAUGCCCUCUGAUUUUUGCUGCUUUUGAGGCCAUGGAAGACAAGUCAGGAACACAAGACCCUCCACCUCCUUAAAGGCCUGGGUGUGCUCCUAGAGACUUCUGGCAAACUCCCACUGGGAAUGAGGUUGGAGGCACAGGGCAUGUAUGUGAUAUCUGCCAUAGUCUACGAGCUUUAGGUGAAAGAAGUAGAAAGUUUCUUUUACCUUUUGCCUUCCUGAAAACAUAAUUGCCUUCAACUCAGACCUUCUAAUUAAGUGUGAGGUAAAUGAGCUGUAUCUCCACCCUCCCCUGCAAAAAAACCCAAGAAUUCAUACUGAUUUUCCAGCAUUUGAGAAACUUGAGUUUUUAACAGCUCGAAGGCAAUCUUACCAUUUGUCAGUAACAUACUGAAAACUGUGGACUUAGCAGAAACAUCCAAGAACUAAGCUUUUAACUCCAACAAUGUGCUUGUGUCAUGCACUGCGAAAAACUACAAGGCUGGAACUAAUUUAUCUAGCUGCUAUAAGCUUCCCCUUGCCUUUUAAACUGGCAAGUGUGAUGAAAAAAGAGGCAUGAGAGUUUGCCUUUUUAAAAUGAACUUGCCUUUACAAGGCAGCCAAUUUUUAGCCAUUUGUUUCCCCCCUUGCAGAGGAUUUGGGAAUCUAGUUGAAAUAUUUCUACCUCAAACAAGUCAUACAUCACAAGUACCACAGACUCCUGAAAAACCCCUCCAGGGCUGAUGUAAAAGAGAUUACAGCUCUGUUUUUACAUCCUGAGUGUCUCUAAGGCCAGCACGGAUAUUGUCUACCUAGGCAGUUUUUCUUAAAUAUGGUUGCAAAUAAAGAGUAAGAACAGAGCUGUGUUAAUACUGAAGUUGGGGGUGAAACUAUUUUCCUCACCAUCUUUCUUCCUGACCCUUCAGGAAUAAUCUUCUCUUAGUUUGUUAACUUUUAUACAGAAAAAACUGCUUUAGCAACAAAGGCUUCUAUAGUUUGUUUCUCCUUCAACAUGAGACCAACAUCUGGAACCCAAAGU